UCCAGCAUUUUAUCCCAGAUCCAGCAGCUGCUGAUCCAGUCACAGAGUUUGGACCCUAUGAUAUGGAAUAUGGACACACGACUGGAGAUGCUUUUUGAUUAUCUCAAUCAAAAUGUUUCAUAUCUUCAAAAAGAAGAUCAGAUUACGGCUACCACCAUCUUGGCAGUUGUUGACAUCCUUAAAGAGACCUCUGUUGUUAGGACUAAUGUCACUGCUCGACUCAUGAAGAAUGUUCUGAAGACAGUGGAUGUCCUUGUUUCUGAGGAGGCAUUCGGCUCCUGGCACUCUCUGUCUCCAAACAGCGGCUUCAAUGCCACCUCCAACCUCCUGAGGGCACUGGAGGAUCUGUCAGCAUCUUUAGAAGGAGAGAUCUCCAUCUCCACUCCACACAUACAGCUGAAAAAAAGCAGCUUCAACAGACCUUACACAGAAGACCUGAGCCCCACUGUUUAUAUUGAGAUCCCAGGCACACAGAGAGAUCCCAGACAGACAGGUGCCUUCAUCACCACCAUGACCUUCUCCACACUGGGCGCUCUGACGCCCUCCCCUGUCCUCCCAUACUCAGACAACGGUACCAUCAAAACAGACGUGGUCCUGGUCACAGUUCCUUAUCAGCAGAUCCAUGACGUGGAUGUGAGGUUCAAGAUGAAGACCUUCUCUUCAAGUUUGCACCGCUGUGUGCACUGGGACCAUAAGCUGAAGGGAUGGACCGAUAAUGGAUGUUACACUAAAAGAAAAGACGACAGUGUGUUUUGUAACUGCAGUCGCCUCAGCAGUUUCUCAGUUCUGGACACUUACAUUCAUAUACCUUUUAGAGAAUAUGGAUAUAGCACACAUGUUUUAUUAGGAGCCGGAGUAAAUGCAUUCUGCAUUCUGAUAUGCUUCUUACUGGAGGGAUGUUUUUGGAAUUACAUAAGUACAAACCCCACCUCUCUGAUGAGACAUGUGACCAUCAUAAACACGGCCCUCUGCCUGCUGGUGGAAGACUGUAUCCUCAUCUCUUUAUCGUAUGAUUCUCCUCCACUGCUGAUGGCCACCAUCACAGUAGCCUUCACAGCACCACAAGGCCUGUAUGUCACUGAGGACGGCUUGUGUUUACUGGUCAAAGGAAGCUCCAAGACUUUUUUGUACUUGGCUGUACCAGUGCUGACCAUAGUGCUGGCCAACUUUGUGCCGCUCAGUGUGGUUCUGUCCAGAAUAGUCCGCAAUAGCAGAGCGGUUUUCAGGGUGGCUAAUGGCAAACUACUGGUCAUGGCCAGCAGACGGAUCCUCUUGGUGAUCUUAAUGAUGGUUUGGAUGCUGGAGAUACACGUCACCACUCCACAGAAUUUGAGCUCUGCAGAACUGAAGGUGCUUGUUGAAAAGCUCUCUCAAAAUGUUACUUCUCUUCAAAAAGAAGUUCAUAAUUCAGCUUCUACCAUCUUGUCAGUUGUUGACAUUCUUAAAGUGACCUCUGCCGUCAUCACUGAGGUCACGGCUCCAAUCAUGGAGAAUGUUCUGAAGACAGUGGAUGUCCUUGUUUCUGAGGAGGCAUUUGGCUCCUGGCACUCUCUGUCUCCAAACAGCAGCUUCAAUGCCACCUCCAACCUCCUGAGGGCACUGGAGGAUCUGUCAGCAUCUUUAGAAGGAGAGAUCUCCAUCUCCACUCCACACAUACAGCUGAAAAAAAGCAGCUUCAACGGAUCUUACACAGAAGACCUGAGCCCCACUGUUUCUAUUGAGAUCCCAGGCACACAGAGAGAUCCCAGACAGACAGGUGCCUUCAUCACCACCAUGACCUUCUCCACACUGGGCGCUCUGACGCCCUCCCCUGUCCUCCCAUACUCAGACAACGGUACCAUCAACACAGACGUGGUCCUGGUCACAGUUCCCCAGCUGCAGAUCCGUGAAGUGCAUGUGAGGUUCAAGAUGAAGACCUUUUCCACAAGCCAACACCUCUGUGUUCUCUGGAAACAUGAUCUGAGGGGAGGAGUGGGGAGUUGGCACUAUAAGAUAUGUUACACUAAUCAAAUGAAUGAAACUGUGGUUUGUAACUGCAGUCGUCCCGGUGCUUUCUCAGUUCUUAACACUCAUACUCCUAUGUGUAAUUAUGUGAAUGAAUCUUAUUAUUUUGGAGCUGUAGUAAAUGUAUUCUGCAUCCUGAUAUGCCUCCUAGUGGAGGGAUGUUUUUGGAAAUCCAUACGUGCGAACACCACCUGUCUGAUGAGACAUGUGACCAUCAUAAACAUGGCCAUCUGCGAGCUGUUGGAAGACGGCAUCUUCGCCCUUUCAUUUCACAAACCUGACAUCUUUUUAACCUCUUGGAAAUGUUCUUACUUAGUGUAUUUCUGGCACUUUUUUUGUGUUUCCCUUCUCUCCUGGAUGCUCGUCUCGAGCCUGCUUCUUUUCUGCAAAACUUCCUUGACCGUCCCCAACAUGUCCAAUGUUAAAAUGCUCACCAUUGGUUUUGCUGUGGGGUAUGGAGUUCCACUGCUGUUAGCCACGUUCACAAUAGCCACCACAGCACCACAAGGGGAAUAUGUGAUUGUCAAUUUUUACGAUUUGUGUUUACCAAAUUUCUGUAAUGAAAUGACUCUUCUUUCCUUUUUGUCGUACCAGUGA